GCUGGCCUCUCAGCUUGCUUUUGACGGACGCGCAGCGCACGGGCGCAAUCUUUCGGCCCGCGGGGCUUUCCCGACCUCAGUUACAACGCGCGGGCCACGCCAGGGGAUCAGCCGCUUUCUCGCUGUAGUUUUGGGUGAAAAGAAGGAAACGGGGAAUGGCGGGGGUGUGAGCGUGACAGGCGGG